CAGCAAGACACUCAGAGGUACACCUUUCCUCUUAGUGGACUCACCUGCUCCGGUCCUGUCCAUCUCGCCUUCCUCUUUUGGCCUGUAGCCCUCCCAAGUUCACAACAGCAACCAUGAGUGUCAGAAUCUCUUCGUCCAGCUUCAGCAGCGGUGGCAGCAUGAGCGGCGGUGGCGGCGGCGGCGGCUUCGGCAGCGGCUUCAGCAUGGGUGGCGGCGGCGGCGGCAGCGUCAGGAGGAGCUUCUCCAGCCAGUCUGCCAUGGCAGGUUCCGGUGGUGGCGCCCGCAUGAGCUCCAUGUCCAUGAGGCGCUCUGUCGGUGGUGGUGGCCUGUCCAUGGGAAUGGGAAUGGGAGGUGGUGGCGGUGGUGCCAGCUUCAGCAGCUACAGCAUGAGCGGAGGUGGCGGCGGCGGCGGCUUCGGCCUUGGAGCUGGCGGUGCUGGCUUCGGCAUGGGCAUGGGUGGUGGUGGCUUCGCACCCCCUAUCACAGCUGUCACAGUCAACCAGAGCCUGCUCGCCCCCCUGAACCUGGAGAUCGACCCCACCAUCCAGACCGUCCGCACCCAGGAGAAGGAGCAGAUCAAGUCCCUCAACAACCGCUUCGCCUCCUUCAUCGACAAGGUACGCUUCCUGGAACAGCAAAACAAGAUGCUGGAGACCAAGUGGUCCCUUCUCCAGGACCAGACCACUGUGCGCUCCAACAUCGACUCCAUGUUCGAGGCCUACAUCGGCAACCUGCGCAGACAGCUUGACGGCCUGGGCAAUGAGAAAGUCAAGCUGGAGGGAGAACUGAGGAACAUGCAGGGUCUGGUUGAGGACUUCAAGAUGAAAUAUGAAGAUGAAAUCAACAAGCGUGCCUCAGUGGAGAAUGAGUUUGUUCUGCUGAAGAAGGAUGUUGAUGCUGCCUACAUGACCAAGGUGGAACUGGAGGCCAAGGUUGAUGCCCUUCAGGAUGAGAUCAACUUCCUCAGGGCCAUCUAUGAGGAGGAGCUGCGCGAGCUGCAGGGACAGAUCAAGGACACCUCUGCUAUUGUGGAGAUGGACAACAGCCGUACUCUGGACAUGGACUCCAUUGUUGCUGAAGUGCGUGCUCAGUACGAAGACAUCGCCAACCGCAGCCGUGCUGAGGCUGAGACCUGGUACAAGGCCAAGUUUGAGGAGAUGCAGAGCUCUGCUGGCCAAUACGGUGAUGACCUGCGUGCAACCAAGUCAGAGAUCGCAGAACUCAACCGUAUGAUCAGCCGUCUUCAGAACGAAAUUGAGUCAGUCAAAGGACAGCGCGCCAACCUUGAGGCCCAGAUUGCAGAGGCUGAAGAGCGCGGUGAGAUGGCAGUGAAGGAUGCCAAGCUGCGCAUCAGGGACCUCGAGGAGGCCCUCCAGAAAGCCAAGCAGGACAUGGCCCGCCAGGUGCGCGAGUACCAGGAGCUGAUGAACGUCAAACUGGCCCUCGACAUUGAGAUCGCCACCUACAGGAAACUGCUGGAAGGAGAGGAGUCCAGAAUCUCUUCAGGUGGUGCAUCUGCAACAGUUCACAUCCAGGAGAGCUCAUCAUCUGGUGGUGGCGGCGGCGGCGGAUUCGGCUACGGAGGCGGUUCCGGCAUGGGCAUGGGCAUGGGCAUGAGCAUGGGCGGCGGCGGCGGCUAUGGCGGUGGCUCCAGCCUCAGCAUGGGCGGCGGCGGGUUCGGCGGCGGCUCAAGCCUUAGCAUGGGCGGCGGCGGCGGCAGCGUGUCCAUGUCUCGCUCUUCGAUGACGUCCAGUAGCAUGCGCCGCUACUAAAUGAGGAACAACACUUCCCCACUCUUCCCUCUUCUUCUCCCCCCCCCCAUGUCCUCCCCUUUUCUACUCACUCACAGAGCAUUUGACAACGUCCUGAGCAACAAGUGUUCUCCAUUAAGAAGGAACCUCAAAGGUUAAAGUCUGGAGGAUAGUGGCUUAUGUUAUGCUCUGCAUAUGAGUGUUCUUCUUGUGAUGCUACUCAUUUAAGUCUCCAUAUUACCCACUACAGAUCCUGUAAUAAUCCAGUCAUGAAUUAUCAGCAUAUAUGCGAGAUGGUACAAGUUAACUCCCCAUUCUUUCAGGCUGGUUGUUAUUGAUGCUCUAUGCAAAAACAUAUAAUGUAAUUCCAUAUGGCAUAACCUCUGUUUGGACACGUAUGCAAAACUGCACUAGAUUCAAAUUUCAAUACGAAAAAGGCUGAAAAAAAGAAAGAAAAUAAAUAUCCCAGAAAUUGUUGCAGCUUCACAAUUCAAAUUGCACUCUUGAAGCAUUUCCAAACACAGGCCCAUGGAGCUUCAGAAACAACUCAGAGUGAUAUCCUGGCCCUCAAUGAAUAGAGUAAUUGUUUGAUAGCCUACAGUAUGCAUGGUCAUCAUUUGCUCUGUUCUCUACAUUUCUCCUGGGAUAAUGGGCCUUGCAGAGAGCUUUGUAGGCAGCUCUCUUAUCACUCCCUUCUCCAUGUGUCCCUGCAACGGCUGAUCUUGACCAGAUUUAGGAUAUGUCAUGUACAACAACUGAAAACACUGAAUAAAUCCUGGUCCUUUAUAAAGUA